AUGUAGAAAUUAGGGAACAGCCACCUAUUUCAAGUGGAGGUGAAGGUCUCUGCCUCGGCUCCUGUCAAGAUGACAUUCCAGUUAGAAUACUGAAAUACAGAUUCACACUAACUGUGGAAUUCAGAAACUAUCUACAAAGUUGUACGUGUUUGUCUAAGCAGUUCAAGCUACUGUUGAGGUGUUUGCAAAACUGAGAUAUUAUUAGUGGGCACAGAACCUAAGCUAGUGAUGGCAUCACUUGAUAAAGAUUAUCCAUGGUCCCAAGAAGACAUUCUGAAGUUACUGGAAUGCAUCAAGAAAAAUAUCCCCUCAGAUGACUCCACAUCAUUCAAAAAAACCCAGGAAGACCUAGACUGGGCCAAAGUGGCUUUUAAACAUUUUUCAGGCAAAAUGUGCAAACAAAAGUGGAUGCAACUUUCUCAUACUUUGAGGAAGUUCCGCACACUGUCAGAAUUAGUGCUAGAAGCCAGUGAACAUAUGAAACAACAGUCCAAAAGGAAGAAACACCCUGACUUCCCCAAAAGACCCCUGACUGCCUAUCUGCGCUUCUACAAGGAGCAGCGGGCUAAGUACUCUCAGCGCUAUCCUAAAUACAACAACUCGCAGCUGGCCAAACUCCUGGCUGAGAAAUACAAUCAGCUGCCAGCGGAGAUCAAGGAGAAAUACAUUCAGGACUUCCGGAAGGAGAAACGGGACUUUGAGGAAAAAGUGACUAAAUUCAAGAGAAGCCAUCCUGAUGUAGAGCAUUAUAAGAAAUCUGUGGUGCUCAGGAGCCAGGAAACCAAAGUCCCUAAGAAAUCACAAAGAGAUAUGGAAAACGUGAAGUCUUCUCCAAAAACAGAUCUUCCUAAAACAUCUCCCUCAGUGAUGAAAUUUCAGAGAGAACCCAAGAAACCCCCUAUGAAUGCAUACCACAAAUUUCACCAAGAUAUGUGGUCAAAUCUGGAGCUGCGCCAUCUACCCUUGAGGGAGCGCUGGGUUGAGAUUAGCAAAAGAUGGCACCAAGUCCCAAAGAGCCAGAAAGAGCACUAUAACAGCCAAGCCGAGGAGCUACAGAAACAAUACUGGGUGGACAUGGACCUCUGGCUCAAGGGAUUGUCAUCUGAGGAGUAUGCCGCCUACAGAGAGGCAAAGGCCAACUAUGGUAAGCGAAAGAAUAUCGCCAUGUCUGGAGGCAACAGCCCCAUGUGUGGACAGACAGAUCAGCAGUCUGCUUCAGCAGAGGAGCAGCAAAAAAGGUCUCGGGAAAUGCAAGGGCUGCUGGCUCCUAGGGAAAUGCAAGUGCUGCUGAUUUCUGGAACAGAUUCCUCGGAAAUUAUUCAGGGCGCUGAUGGUGGCUCCCAGGUAUCCAGGCAGAAUAUGAUGGAAGGUGGAGAAGAGGAAGACUCUAGCAGCUCCUCGGAUGACUCUAGCAGCUCCUUGGAUGACUCUAGCAGCUCCUUGGAUGACUCUAGCAACGACUCUAGCAGCUCCUCGGAUGACUCUAGCAGUACAGAUGAAGAUGAAGAUGGCCGGGCGGUGGAGGUGCAAGCCUCUGAUCCCAGCACUCGGGCUGUAGAAGCAGGCAGGUGUCUCAAAAAAAAAAAAAAAAAAAAAAAAAAUGAAGGACAUCUCUCUUAGCGGAAAGAUGUCGACUCCAUUUUCUUCACUUUCAUAUCCUAAAUCACUGUUUAAGACCCAGGGCAUCCCUGACAGAGAGGGAACUGUCUUCUCUGUGCUUUUGUACUCCCUCGCUUUUUUCUCCUACAUCCUUCCUUGGCUUACUAAAUGCAAAGGAGUACAGUUUGGGGAGAAGGGAGUUUGCCACAGUACUGCCUUCAACAGGUGCAUAGGCUUAGGAAGAUGCUCCUGUAAAAGCUACUUACAUUUUAUUCGAACAAACUAUACAACCGGUUUUACAAAGUUAGGCACUUGUGUUAGGCAAAGUGGUCAGUUAAAUCUAAGACAGUUAGUUCUCUUAGUGCUUGUGAUUCAGGAUAAGUAGAAAUACAGAUAGAUACAGAUAAAUACUCUAUUCUCUGAACUUAUCUGAUGUCUGUAAUGCAUACAUCAGCACCACACUACGGUCAUUAUUUUGCUUAAUGGCAUUUUAGAUAUAUUUAAUGUUAGUUUAUCGUUUUGCUUCUGAAUAAUCUAAGCUGUUUUCAUGAAUAUUACCAUUAUAGAAAUUGUUUAAGACCUUAGAGAUUUUAUAUUUGUACCUAAAUAUUAAUUUUAUUUCUUUUAGCUUACACAUAAAUUGUAAAGCUUGUACAUAUUAAUAGAGUACUAGGAUAUUUUUAUAAAUAUUGACAAUGUGUAAUGUUUAAAUUGGUUAAACAUAUGUAUCUCUUCAAAUGUUUGUCAUUUAUUUAAGGUGAAAUUUGCCAAAAUAAUUUCUUUUGGAAAUGUAUAGCACAUUAUCAUUUUUAUCUUAGUGAAUCACUGUUUAUUUGUUUUUGCAUGAAAGAUUGUUUUGAUGCAAACUUUUGUACCUCUCUGAUUUGCCUAUGCUUCUAAAGGUGUUGGAUCAGAUGCAAUGAUUUUAAAAGAUUAUAAUGAUAAAUUUGUGUCAUUUUAAACACUUAAGCUAAAACUUGCAGGAUUUGCUAUCAUGAAACUGUUGAUAUAUAAAUUUGAAUUAAAUUAUAACAUAUUGCCAGAAGUGGAUAUUUACUUAUACAAUUAAACAAUUUUAAUGCAUGAUGUUUAUUAAUUUUGUCCUAUCUUUAAUGAUGUAAUGAUGGAAUUUUUCUAUAGCAUAAUCCUCAGAGUUUAGAGAUACACAGAAAGUACUAUUAUUGCUUCUACUUUGGGGUCACAAAAAACAAUGGUCUACUUAGUGGCCAUCUUCUGCAUGACUAUGUAGUAUCUCCCUGUCUCUUCUGGUUAGUUUUGUUUGAAGUCUAUUUUGUCAGAUAUUAGCAUAGCUACUUCUGCUUGAUCUUGGGUGCAUUUGCUUGGAAUACCUAUUUCUAUCCUUCGACCCUGAGAUGAUCUCUGGCCUUGAUGAGAGGUGUGUUUCUUGAAUAAGCAGAAAGACCUCAGUUUUUCAUAUUAUUCCUCAGUCUUUCACAUCUCACAUCCAAACCUUCAGAAGACUAUAAUGAUUGUGCAAUCCAAACACAACUGCUUUCCAACUUCAACACACACACACACACACACACACACACACACACACACACACACACACUAAAGGUAGUAUUCUUCCUAAAGCAGCAGUCAGAUCACUCCAAAGCCUCCCCUUUAAUCUUAAAAACAAAAUUCAGACUCUUAAUAUUAGUCACCAAAGUCCAUGUGAUCUAGUUUUAAAUUCCACCUCCCUUCAUGGGAAAGCUUCAUCAAGGAGAAAAAUGUAAAACCAACACAUGUAGACUAGGCAACCCCAUAUCAACAGAUGACUAGCAUCACAGAGAAGCUACUGAAGGCCCAGUGGUGCCAUGAAUUCCUGAUGAUGGUGUCAGUCUACAUGUCUUCUAGUGAAGGAGACAGAGUGACAUGGUAAAUGGCCUAGAGAGUCCCCAGCUUUCUAUAGCAGUAUUUCCCAGGAAUCCCCCAACAAAAGACAAAAUAGGAAUGGAGUAGCUAAUAAUUUUAUAAUAAAGACGAUUGUUGGAAAACUUAAAUAAUUCUGUGCUUUUAUUCCAUUGAGUUAAAAAGUGUUUAUUAAAUAGUUAGUCUUCAUGACCAACUAGAUUGGCUGAGAACAGACUACCUCAUUUAUUAAGAGUAUAAACCUUGUUCUCACAGACACAAUAA